AAAGGAUUGUUGACAAAAGGAAAAACAAGAAGGGGAAGACUGAAUACCUGGUGCGGUGGAAAGGCUAUGACAGUGAGGAUGACACGUGGGAACCAGAGCAGCAUCUUGUAAACUGUGAAGAAUAUAUCCAUGACUUCAACAGACGCCAUACGGAGAAACAAAAAGAAAGCAUAUUAACUAGGACAAAUAGGACCUCUCCAAACAAUGCUAGGAAGCAGAUUUCCAGAUCCACCAACAGCAGCUUUUCUAAGACCUCUCCUAAAUCGCUCGUGAUUGGCAAAGACCACGAGUCAAAAAACAGCCAGUUAUUUGCUGCCAGCCAGAAGUUCAGGAAAAACACAGCCCCAUCUCUCUCUAACCGCAAAAAUAUGGACCUAGCAAAAUCAGGUAUAAAGAUACUUGUGCCUAAGAGCCCCAUUAAAAGCAGGACAGCGGUGGAUGGUUUUCAGAAUGAGAGCCCCGAGAAAUUGGAUCCUAUAGAGCAGGGUCAUGAGGACACGGUGACUCCAGAAGUGGCCGCCGAGAAACCUGUUGGAGCUCUGUUGAGUCCUGGUGCAGAGAGAGCUAGAAUGGGGAGUCGGCCUCGGAUACACCCAAUAGUGCCUCAGGCGCCUGGCCCAGUGACAGCUGCUAUGGCCACGGGACUUACCGUUAAUGGGAAAGGUACAUCUCCGUUUAUGGAUGCAUUAACAGCCAGUGGAACAACCAACAUACAGACAUCUGUUACAGGAGUGACAGCCGGGAAAAGGAAAUUUAUUGACGACAGAAGAGACCAGCCUUUUGACAAGCGGUUGCGUUUCAGUGUGAGGCAAACAGAAAGUGCCUACAGAUACAGAGAUAUUGUCGUCAGGAAGCAGGAUGGUUUCACCCACAUCUUAUUAUCAACAAAAUCAUCAGAGAAUAAUUCACUAAAUCCAGAGGUGAUGAAGGAGGUCCAGAGUGCACUAAACACAGCUGCUGCUGACGACAGCAAGCUGGUGCUGCUCAGUGCCGUGGGCAGUGUCUUCUGUUGCGGUCUCGACUUUAUUUAUUUUAUACGGCGCUUAACAGAUGAUAGAAAAAGAGAAAGCACUAAGAUGGCAGAAGCUAUCAGAAACUUCGUGAAUACUUUUAUUCAGUUUAAGAAGCCUAUCAUUGUAGCAGUAAAUGGCCCAGCCAUUGGACUAGGAGCAUCUAUAUUGCCUCUUUGUGAUGUGGUCUGGGCUAACGAGAAAGCCUGGUUUCAAACACCUUAUACCACCUUCGGACAGAGUCCAGAUGGCUGUUCUACCGUUAUGUUUCCCAAGAUUAUGGGAGGAGCAUCUGCAAAUGAAAUGUUGCUCAGUGGACGGAAGCUGACCGCACAGGAGGCAUGUGGCAAAGGACUGGUGUCCCAGGUGUUUUGGCCAGGAACAUUCACACAGGAAGUGAUGGUUCGAAUUAAGGAACUUGCUUCAUGUAAUCCAGUUGUGCUUGAGGAGUCCAAAGCCCUUGUGCGCUGUAACAUGAAGAUGGAGCUGGAGCAGGCGAACGAGAGGGAGUGUGAAGUGCUGAAGAAAAUCUGGGGUUCAGCCCAAGGGAUGGACUCCAUGUUGAAAUACCUUCAGAGAAAAAUCGAUGAGUUUUGACUGUCAGAGUGCCUACUGAACGACACUGGAACUGUUUGUUGCAGGACAUCCGCGGCUCCAUGUCGCCCUACUCCACCCUCACAGCCUGAAAUAAGUUUACCUAUAGCUCAUGCUUGGAACUAGGACUGGAAACUUCCAAGCUAUUUAUUAUCAAGGAGUUUUUAAGUACUGUAACUUUAAAAUAACUACAAAACUCCUUUGUCCAAAUGUCAUUUUUUUAUACUUAAUGUAAACACAAGUAUAAAAGUGUAAUAGUGAGCAGUACACUGCUCUUCGAAGGUCUCAUUUCUGUUAUAUUUGGCUUGUACUGUAUAAAAAGGAAAAGAAUUGUGUUUUUCUGUCUUUGGGUGGCAGGAAAGUCUAGAAUAAUGUCAUUUUCCUCAUUUUUUUUCCUUCUAGAGCACAGAAUCUAAAAGUGUGUGAGCCAGCCUCACUUUGCCUAGCCCAGAUAGCGAUAGAGAUCUGAGACAUUGCCUUUGUCUCCAAGAAGGUACACAUACCUCAGAGAUGGAAAGUUCUAAAUCAAAAGUAAAACUUCUCUUUUAUGAUGAAAAGUCCCCAGUGAGCAAACCCAAACUAAGUGUCCCCUUAGGGUCUCUGCUGAGACAUCAACUGGUCCCCUUUUUCUAAUCUAUCUGUUCUUACCCAGUUAACAUGAAGAAACCACUGUCUCUCUAGAAGAAAGCUUGUUUUGCAGUAUUAGUGAAUCACUGAAUAGCUUAAGUAUGGAUAUCUAAGUUGUAAGUUAGUCUUAGCAGGUUUUAAAUAAUUAGUUUUUUGACCCUUUGAAAAAUAACUACGUAAGUGCUUCUUGUUGCUGGGUGAGAAAAACUACUUUAUAUACAGUUUUGAUUUUCUAUUUGCAGAUACAUUGAUGUAUUACACCAAAAAGAAGUAUUUUUAUGUUUAUAAUGUGUAAUUUUUAGGUUCACUUAGAAGAUAUUUUAUUUAAUAAGUUAAAAUUCUUUUGGCACACUAUUAAAUGCAGAAACUCCUUUCAAAAAAACUACCUUAUAUUAGACAUUUACUGUUCUUUGUCUAUGCUUUUAUGUCUACACAAUAUACUGACUACAGUAUGGUGUCCAAGAGUGCCCUGUGUACAUAGACAUUUUGCCUUCCUUCUGGGAAGGUGUUGAUUCCUGACUACAGAUGCCUUUUAUUAAUUAGGCUUCUGAGCUUGCAAUCAUAUUGAAUGUAUGAAGAAUGAAAUAAAAUCAAACCUUAUUUUUGUACAGUUUUGAAGUUUAUACUUAGAGCUGACCACCCCCCGUCGGCGUGGAGAGCUGUACAGUGUGUAAAUCUACCUUUGCCUGGGAUCGAUUGGUACAGUAUUUUUGCAUCUGUGGGACCUACUUUUUUGUUCAGUAGUUUGAACUAUAUAUAAACUGUACAAUCUGUAAAGUUUUUAUAGAAUAAAUAUUCAGCUGUGAAAACUGGUUAAAUAAAACUAAUAUUUCUUAACACA